AUGGCGAAGAGCCCUGCGAACAGACAAGGGAGGAAAGCUGCCGUCGCGGAACCGGUGGGAGACUUCUUCAAUUCGGAAGAGACGAAGCGUCGACUAAAUGCCACGCCCAUGCCCAGCGGCAAGCGGCGGAGGUCCGAUGAGCCGGCUCCGGCGAGCCCCGCCAGCCCCGUUUCCCCAGAGAAGUGGGCGCCUCAUUUACGACGCGCUGCUAGUGAGACCGAUGCCAAUGUUCGUGACGAGUCUCGUUGCUGCUAGUUCGCCUCCAUUUUGUUUUAAUCGGAAUCAUUACCGUUCCUCCCAGUCUAACGAGUCUAACGCCUCUGGCAGGGAGUCAUUAAGACGACCAAUGCCGUCGUCACUUGUUGUUCCCCUAAAUCUCCAAUGAAGCGGCUGUUCGCCGGCUUAUCUCAGAAGAACAGAUGGAAUCCUAGAGGUUGGUUCAAUUCUCUUAGAGUCAUCGGCGGAAUAACCAGUCAGCUUCGUGUGUUUGUCGCCUUUCUGUUCAUUUCAGUAACUGCUCUAGCUCGGAGCGAUUCCUCAGCGUAUGAUACAUCUUGCAGAUCCGGGGCAAAUGAACGCGGUUAAGGAGGCUUUCCACGUGUCCUCGCCCCCCGCAACAAUCGUGUGCCGCGACUCCGAGCAGAUGCGGAUUUUCGAAUUCUGUAAGACCUGUAUAGAACAGGAAACAGGUGGGAGCCUGUACGUCUGUGGAUGCCCCGGGACGGGGAAGACGUUGUCAAUGGAAAGAGUGAAGGAGCUCUUGGGGGCAUGGACGAAGGAGGCAAGCCGUAUUCUCUCUUUUUUCAUCGCCUGCAAUCUUUUUCCUUACUAGUAGUACUUUUGGCAGUGUGGCUAGAUUUUGUCCCUUACACGCGUGCCCUCGUUGCACGAAGCGUCUUCUCCGGAGGAGCGAACGUCAGGAGAGUCAAAUUACAUGCACUACUUGUUUUAACUGAAUUCGGAUCGAAUAUAUGGCAUUGAUAUCGAUCCGAUAUAGAGAUUUCUGACGGAGAUAUGUGAGGGUCUUAUUCGCAGUAUGAAGGAAACAAGAAGAGGUUAUAUCUUGAAAUAGCUCAAGGCACCUAGCCAAAAACAUUGAUAACGAUAAUCAUAUGCAUUCUAAAAUAAAAAAUAUUUUAGGCGCACAAUAUAUUUUUUGCCCAUACAGUUACUAUUUUUCAGCUGUUUUCUUUGUUUUGUCAACGUUCAAUCGUGAUAUCUUCAUCUGAAUCUGGGGGCUUCUCUAGUAUAUGUUACAAACAAGGAUAACGAAAUAACACAGACGAUAAAACAUACUGAAACGAGUUUAUGAAAAAGUUCGGAUCCCCUCCCCAAUUUGUUCACUUUUUUUUGUUCGCCGUACAGCAUUGUUUCACGGGUGCAUCAACGUUUUCCUGACCUGUUCGUACAUAGUAAGCUCUCAUGGUCAUAUUAAUCAGGAAGUGGCGGGCAUUUUGAUACCGACUGCAAAUUAGUUCUUAACAUUUCCUUCAGAUGGCCGACACGAAAUUGAACUACCGAUCGUCCUCGUGUUGACAUUCCUGAUCGACACUUUUUUGCGUUUUGUUGCCGUAUCAUUGAAUUUUAAAUCAAGAUGCUCUUGGAUUUAUUCUCAGGUGGGGUUUCAGUUUCCAGUCACACUGAGUAUAAGCUGUAAUUCACUGACAACGACCUCUGAAAUUUUCCUCAAGGUAGUUUCCCAUGUUUUAGUUCUAACAAUGUUGAGAGAUCCUGCAUCAGAUAAUUGAACACUUUUUACAUUUUAUUGCAGAUUCUAGAGAAAUGCCAUUUAAAAAAGGUGAAUGGCGCCUCUUCACCCCUACAGCAUCUCAGGGACUCAUUUUCACAGAGGAAAGAACCAAUCUGCGAAAGAGCAGUGUACGCAAAGCUAGAAUUCUAUUAUUCUUUUUAGAAAGAUACAUAUACUGUUCACAUAUAGGUAAUGUAUACCUCUGUAUUCAUAUUAAAUUGUAUGCUUGCAUAAUAUUUGAAGUAAUUUCUGUCAGGCUGGUUAUUAUGGAUGAGUUGGAUUACUUAAUCACCAAGGACCGUGCUGUUCUUCACGAUCUCUUCAUGCUCACAACUUAUCCAUUCUCACGGUUCAUUCUAAUAGGUAACGAGUAUAAAAAUCUGAAACUCCAUUAGUGAGACCAAUCACGCAAGUAUUUAAAUAUCCAAACACUCACCAGUAGACCGUAAAGCAGAUGGUGCAUAAACUGAAAUCUUUGGUUUUUUUCACGUCUACAGGAAUAGCGAAUGCGAUAGAUCUGGCUGAUCGGUUUCUCCCUAAGCUCGAAUCAUUGAAUUGUUAGUUACUCUUCCAUCUCACUGUUUUCACAUUUUAUAUCCAGAUCGUUAAUGUUCAUGAAAGGACUUAAUAGUUUUGAUGGUUCCCUUCUCAAGCUGGAUCGCAAGUCUACGAUAAAUAUGUUGAUUCUUCGACCCUGUUUCAUUAAUUUAGAUCUGUAGCUGACUUGUAUAUGGUGGUUCUCGUGUCUUGUGGUGCUAGGCAAGCCCAUGGUUGUAACAUUUCGUGCUUACAACAAAGAUCAGAUACUUAAAAUUCUUCAGCACAGGAUCAUGGUAUGUAGCUGUAGUUUUCUUGACUAUUUAAUUGGGGGUUUUAAUUUUACUAAUUUUUAAUCAAAUUACGAAACUCGACGAUUACUGUUUUUUUUUUUUUUUGUCAAUAGGCUAUUGGGUAUGACGUGUUUGAGCCUCUAGCGCUUGAGUUCUGUGCAAGAGUGAGUCAAGACUUUAUCUACCAUCUUUUAUAUACUAUCUGUUUAAUAUAUCUACUGAACAGUAGCUGUGUUUCUGUUCCAAAGAAGCAUCGAUAAAGUUUGUUGCCAUUGUGUCUUGUCUGUUAUUUUCAGUCUCAACUUCUUUGUACAGGGGACUAUUAUUUUAGAAUUAGUGAAUUGCUGUGAAGGUUAAAUGCAACAUGUCGAGGAUGGGUCAAUCCACAUUUAGUUAUGUUCCACCUUUUUCAGCUAAAAGUAGCUUGUUGUAUUCUUCUACAAUACUCUUUGUUUGUGGGGAUUUGGCGGAAAUAUUUGAGUAUUGUUGGUCUAGUACCAUGUUAUUAAAAUAGGGUUAAACGAGUACCAUGUUGUUCAGGCACGACCAACCGAUGUUACACAUGUUCUCUUGUACAAAUAUCAACAAAUAAUACAUUUUCUGACCACAAGUAACAUAUUUCAGAAAGUUGCUGCAGCAUCAGGAGACAUGAGAAGAGCUCUUUCUGUGUGUCUGUAAGUAUUCUAUAUUUUAUAGUCAAAUGUAUUUUAUUUGCCUUAAGUUCUAUCUAGAGACUCAUAAAAAGUCAAUAGAAUGAUGUUGAUUUUUCUGCCAAGUUUUAGUUAAUUUUUCAAAAAUCUUAUUAUACUUUAUUUGUUUUAUUCCAUUUGCGUCCCACUUUGCUUGAUUCCGUUAUCUUGGUGUUCUUUUUAUGCUCUCACAAAGGUGUACAUGAUAAGCAGAGUGGAUCUUCUUUGAUGAUGCUUUUAUGUUCUCUUCUCUUCCCCUUGAUAAUGUAUGGUACUAGAAAUGUGCUUCUGAUGAAUUAAUGUACGUCUUAGACAUCUCUCCGUUACUUGAAGAAAGGCCUCUAUUGUCUUUCUCAACCUUGUCAGUGUACCUCCAACAAUCUGCCGCUGGUUCUUUUAUUUUCCCAGAGUACUGGAUAGAUAGAAUGGAAAAAAGUUUUUUUUCCCCGGAUUUGAUAGAAAAACAGCCUCUUUGAUACCUUUGAUACCUUUCUAACAUAUGAAAAUGCUUUGAUACCUUUGUAACACUUCAACUACGUAUUCAUGAACAAAGCUUAUGGAGGCUCUUAUGAAGGCCACUUUAUUCUUUCUAAACCAAAACUUUUGCAAUUUCUGUGUCUUUGUUUCAAUGUCGGUUGACAUCAAAUAACAUAUAAUCCUUUAUCAUUCCAGAAGUGCAAUUGAGAAGUUUGAAACAGAGUUGAAGUGUGAUACAACAGGGAGUAAAAUAGAAAUGGUAAGUCGUUUCAUUGACAUUUUUUAAGUCAAAGUAGAUUAUAUAGAGACAUUCUCCUUUUAACAAACUCUUUAUUCAUGCUCCUGUUUCUUUAUGGGUAAUGCCCGUGUGCAAGAGUUUGCUGAUAGUUGUACAGCAGAGUUGGUACGAGUACCCGUUCUGAAAAUUUGAACAACACGAAAGAACUAUUCUAUUUUUAUGUAAGGUACUGUCAGAUGGAAUGUUAAAAUACAAAAUCUUCAAAUCAAGCUUUAAUUAAUGUUUCUGAGUGAUGACUACUUAGACUUCACAAUAUUAAUGGUUCUUAUGUUUGAAUUCCUUGUACCUAGACAUUGAACGGGUGCAUGUUUUUAUGCUAAUGCAUUAUCUCAGUAAUGUCAGUCAUGUUUAACUUUUUCAAUCGCCAGAAAAAAUCUGUUAGGUAAGCGUGAACAAGAUAAGUAAAUUGUGAACAGAGGACCAUGGAGCAAAGUAAAUUGUAAAUCAGUUAAUUUAUUUCAGUUUACAUGGAGGUAAAUGUUACGUUAUAAAAUGAUUGCAUAACUAUUAGCAAUCCUUUCAAUUUGCAUUUUAGGUGAGCUUUGAUCAUAUGGAUAACGCUUUAUCGAAGGCAUUCAGAGCACCAGUAGUAGAUACUAUUCAGUCUCUACCACAACAUCAACAGGUAAGCUCUAUGAUUCCAGAUAGAUCAUUGUAAUUCAUCUAAUUAUUCUAAUCUAACGGAUGAAUAUAUUUCGCUUCAUUUGGGUCGUUGCCUGAUCUCACGUCGAUAUUUUGCUUGCCAGAUCCAUGUGACCAUUUUCUUGCUCAUUUUCUCUUUUGUUUUGCUUGAGAGCCGUAGCUUUUGCAGUAAAAAAUGUGUGUCUAAAUCUGGUGUGGUCAUUUUUUAGGGCCAAUAGGUCACCCCUUAAGCGUGCCUAAUGCAGUUGUCUGCCAAUCUUCUUGCUGUUAGGAUUGUCCGGAUGCCCAACAGCGCCUAGGCUGCCUAGACGAUCUCGUACAGACUUUGUAAAUGCAAAUAUCAGCUGGUGCUUGCGUUUAUUUUUACGCAAGGAUUUGUGCCCGAUCAUUCAUGCAAAUGUCCUCUAAUCUGGCAAUUUUUCCAAGACAUUUGGCUGGACUCGAAGGGAUUUAAUGCGAGGGAUUUAGCUGCUUGUCAGGCCUAAUAUAUUGCUAUAUAUUGAUAAAUGUGUAGUUCCAUAAGUAAUUUACGUAUUAUUUUUUAUGCUGAAACUUAGUGUUUUAGGAUAAGGUAAUUUUAGAAGAGAUGUUCUAAUUCUAGUGGUUUUCUUAUGAUUCUAGCCGUCGUCAAUUUAUUUUAAAUAUACUUUAAAAUUGAGGAUGCCUCGUUGCCUCUGUGUUGUCGUCUAAAUGAAAUUGUUGUGGAUACUUGUCUGUGUACAGUCUCCUGCGUGACUUGUAAAUGUCUGCCUUUGCUUUCUGUCUUCUCAUUAGACGGCGCAUGCCUCGAUGUUGCUUUCUCAAUAGACCAUUGAUAUCCUCCUGACUGAUGUUUAGUUCACACAGUAAUAGUGGUAUUUGCUUCCUUCCAUUUGUGUCUUCGUUCCUCCUUCAUGCGGUUCUUGUAGGUAGUUAUAUGUCAUAAUGUCGUAGCUUAUUUAUUUACUAAUUUUGAGAUUUAGUGUUGUGCAUGGAGUAAUUAUUUCUGUUGGAGAAAAAUAGAUGUGCAUCGUUGAGCGUUGGAAUAGUUACCAUUUUUUUGAACGAUGAAUCCUAAAAGUCCAAUGGGGUAACUCUCAUACGGGCCUCAUGUAGUUGUCUCUCUAUUUUAUCGGAGUGGGACUUAUCUUAGUGGACGAUUUUCUUUACUUUCCCGCUCUAACUGUCAUUAAAAAUAUAACGUUGGGAACCUAAUGUCUUGGAGAAGUCUAUUUAGAUGACGUUUAUUAUGUCUGCUUCUCGCUUCAGAAUAUGCGAACACUGAAGGCAUGAAUGUAUUUAUUUAUUUAUUUUGCUUCUAGAACGUCUUUCUGGAAUUCAUCUUCUGGUGAAAAUAUAAUAAUUAUUCUGCUUUCUUUCAUUCUCCACUGCCCAGUCGGACCUAAACAUAAUAAUUAUUCUGCUCACUCUUUCCGAUAUUUAUCUCACUUCUAUGUCAUUCUCAUCCAUUAGUUUGGGUUUUUGUGAACUUGUUUCAAGAUUUUCUUAUAAACGCUUAUCCAGAUGGUGCUACAUUCUAUCUGACAUAACUUACAUUUCUAAAAUUGAUUGUGCUUCAGAUAAUAUUGUGUGCUUUAGUGAGGCUUUUGAGGAGCAGGAAGACUUCGACAGUUGGGGAUGUAAGUUUUGGUUUUUUUUAUAUUUGGUAAUUCGGGCAUAAUUUAGGUUUCCGGACGUAGUAUCAACGUUAGUGAACAGCCAAGUGGUAAAAGAGAAUGCAGAAUUUUGUGCCUUCAGCGGGAAUUGCACAUAUGGUCAUAAGCAUGUUUUGGAUUCUUGAACACCGGUAGGGCCAAGCAUUCUCAUGCUGGUUCUAUGACCAUUAUCUAUGUUGGUGGCUAGCAGUAGAUGCUUCACUCUUAUCGCAAAUUAUGCAUGCAUGAGUCACGAAUUCUAUAUGUACCCUUCGAACGCAACUCACUACUAUUCUACAUUGCUUCAUAGUGCAGCUGAACAAGUCAUACUUGGAGGUCUGCAGGUCUGCACAAGUCACAGCGGCUGGCAUGAUGGAAUUCUCGAGUAUGUGUAGAGUACUGACGGACCAGGUGAAAGUCUGAACGCAGUAAUAAAACAUGUACAGGUGUUCUAGUUUGAUCCUCAGAUUACCGAGUCUGCUUCUUGUGAAUUCAGGGACUUGUCAAGCUUGGGAAUUCUCGCGAAGAGAAGCUAAGGACGGUAGCGCUAGCAAUUGACGGAGCAGAUGUAGCAUUUUCUCUGAAGGUGGGACAGAUUGUGUGCAUUACUUUUAAAUUAUCAAGUCGUUUAGCAUUCAUCAGGAGGUCAGCUUACAUUUUGGAGAUGGCAGGGAAUCAGAUUCUUUCGGCAUUGCCUCGAGUAG